AUGGAUUUUUUUAGUGCUCUUUCUAGAGGGGCAAAAUUUGAUGCGGAGAAGCAUGGCACUGCCAUGAAGCGUUUCCGGUCUGGAAAUGCCAACAAGGACCUGCCAGUUGCUUGUGGUACCUCGCCACUUCUAUGUGAGAAUGGCGCAGAGAUACCUAUUCCUAGUCGCACCCUGGAUCUUUUUGGGAACUCCAAGAGUUUAACGUCCAUGAUAGACAAGGUUUCGACGAACGAGAAUUUUCCCGACAACAGCAGUACAAUCACCACCACCAUGGCCCACAAGCCCCUUCCAACCAUAAGUAUGAAGAGAAUAAAAAAUAUAUGGCGUAAAAAUGAAUUGGAGGUUGAGGGUGUUGAUGUGCCACAUCCAAUUGAGCAUCUUUCAGACCUUGUACGUCCUCCAUUGUCUGUUGAUGAGCGCUUGGUUACCAAUUUGUUUGAGCGAAACCAUCGCAUUCCAACACCAGUUCAAAUGCAAGCCAUUCCAUCUUUGCUUAGCGGGAGAGAUGUGCUGGCGUGUGCCCCAACUGGUUCAGGAAAGACAAUUGCCUUCCUCAUUCCCAUGUUUCAUCGGUUGAAAAAACCCAGUCCCGAAGCUGGUGUGAGAGCGCUUAUCAUAACUCCAACAAUGGAGCUAGCUGAACAGAUAGAAAGAGAAGCUUUUUUUCUCAUGAAAGGACAACGCUGGAGACUUGUUCAGCAUGGUCAAUCGACGCGCAACAAGGACAUUUUUGUCACCACACCUGGGCGUGUUUUCUCAAUGAUGGAAAAAAAACUUAUUGAUCUUAGUAACAUUCAGUAUCUUGUAUUUGACGAAGGAGACCGUCUGUGGGAUUCCACGACUGAUAACCUUCAAGUGGUAGAUUCUGUCCUCACUGCAUGCACUUCUGGAGAGAAAGUGGUUGCACUGUUUACUGCCACACUGAGUGCCAAGAUUGAAGCAAUAGCUCGUUCGGUAAUGAGCUCUGACCCUAUUCGUAUUAUUGUCUCUGGUCGCGCCUCGGCAAGCAAGAAUGUCUCACAGAAGCUUCUUUUCUGUGGAAACGAGCUGGGAAAAAUUGUGGCAAUGCGCAACAUUCUUCGCGAGGGGAUAAACCCUCCAGUACUUAUCUUUGUUCAGAGCAUUGAACGAACAAAAGAGCUUUGUGAGGAAAUAAGGUGCCAAGGUCUCCAUAUUGCAGUAAUGAAUUCUAAGAUGACACAUGAAGAACGAGAUGAUACAAUGAUGAAUUUUCGUCUUGGGAAGAUAUGGGUUCUUAUCACAACAGAUGUUCUUUCCCGAGGAAUCGAUUUCAAGAAUGUUGGUACAGUGAUUAAUUUUGAUAUUCCGACAACUGUUGAGGCCUAUAUUCACCGAAUAGGUAGAUGUGGACGUGCUGGAAAGACUGGUACAGCCAUAACAUUCUUCACUGAGGACGAUAAAGAACGAAUUCCACCAAUUGCUCGUGCCAUGAAAGAGUCAGGCAAUUUUGUUGAGGAUUGGAUGCUUGAAAUAAAGUCCGACCGUCAGACACGUCGUCGUCUUCGGCGAUGUACUCCCCAGAGAAUGAUUGUGAGCACGAGGAAAAGAAUGCUUGUGGCUGAUCAACGUAUGGAGAGGCAACUCCGACGAUUGGAGCAUGACGCUACAGUUGCGAAAGAUAAGGAUUCGAAUAAGAGUAGCGUGUAG